AUGCCACGCCCUUCAGUCCCACCUUCUUCUACCUAUCCCCAGCUCUCCCAUAAUGGUCAGCUCUCUCCUCUAGCUCCCUCUGUACGUUCAGCUCUAACAUCAAAAGCACCAACUUGGAAGCUCUGUUGGGUGCAGAAGGUACAAAAACUUGUUGGCAGGAGGAGUGACACAAACUUCACACAAGAGUGUCGGGAGCAGCACAACCGGAGACAGGAGAGUCUCGAUCGUGAGCUUCAGAGCAGGGUUCAGGAAAUCAGUCUUCAUGAGGCCUUGACUGCUGAGCUUGAGAGAGACUUCCCGAAAUAUAGUCCAUACUACAUCCGGGGACUCACGUAUCCGAAUCCAAAGGCUCUUGUACCUCCUAGUCCUGGACCAGGCGAAAGCCAACCAUCUUCAGCUUCUACUUGGACAUCUUUCUCAACUUUCGUGAUAAAAGUGAGGGAGUGGAGCUCUUGUAGCCCUAUGAAAGGCAAGCUUUACAGCAAGAAGCUUAAGGCUCAAGAAACCUACACUGCAGUGAAAUCUAAGUGUCCUACACCAGUAACACCGAAUAAACUGUCAGUUAAUUCAGAAACAUCGAAUAUGGUGCUUACCGAAGACAUCAUCCGCACUGUUGAAAACAAAGAGAAGCCAUUGAGGGAGAAAGUACUUGGAACAGCAGCUACAGCUGCUACACCAAAAAUUACCGAAAAGGUAAUAGAUGAAAAAGAGUAUAUAUGGGCAGACAAGUACCAGCCUCAGUGCCUAGAAGAUUUCAUCUGUAAUAGAGACAAAGCAACUCAGCUCAAGGUUCUGGCUAGAGGUAGAGGGUGUGGACAUUUCAUAUUCGUAGGGCCUCCGGGUGUGGGCAAGAGAACUAUGAUCUGGGCUAUGCUGAGAGAAGCUUUUGGACGUGACACUAUAAAUGCCACAGAGGAAUUCAAGGCAUUCGACUUAAAGGGUGAAGUAGUAGGCAGUAUUGAAGUACAUGUGAAGCAAUCCCCUCAACAUGUAGAAGUGAAUCUCUCUGAACUGAAAGGUUAUGAGAAGCAUGUGAUUGUUGAACUCAUGAAGGAAAAACAGCACAAGAUACCUAACAAAUCAGCUUCGACAUGCAGCCUUGACAACUGUCGAGCACUGAUCUUAUAUGAAGCUGACAAGCUAUCCACAGAUGCCCUACUUUAUAUCAAAUGGCUAUUAGAAAGGUAUAAAGGGCGUAAUAAGGUCUUCUUCUGCUGUUCUGAUGUGGCAAAGCUUCAGGCCAUUAAGGCUAUUUGUACUGUUGUUGAGCUUUUACCGCCUUCUAAGAAUGAGAUUGUUGAAGUUUUAAAGUUUAUAGCCAAACAAGAAGGCAUAGAUAUGCCACAUAAACUGGCUGAAAGGUUUGCUGAGAAUUCCAAAAACAGUUGCCGUCUGGCAAUUCGUUCAUUUGAGGCCACUUGGAAAAAGAGCUCUUAUCCCUUUAAAGAAGAUCAAGUAGUUUUGACAGGAUGGGAGGAUGAAAUUGCAGAUAUUGGCAAGAAUAUGAUCGAAGAGCAAAGCCCAAAACAGCUAUACAUUAUCCGCGGAAAGCUUCAAAACCUUAUAGUGCAUGGUGUAUCUCCUGAAUUUAUUUUCAAAUCCCUAGUUGCAGAGCUGAAGAAGUAUUUGGAUGGGAACUGCCAGGUUCGCGUUGAGGGCAUGUAUGGUGAAUUCAAUAGGAAUGAUGAAUCUAUGUUUGAGAGUGACAAAGCACUGACACUUUCUCGACAUCAAGAGGAAACGGGUAAACGGCUCAACGAUUCAUCCAAGAAGAACAUACAACAGUUCUUGAGGAUAGAAGAGUUUAUAGCCAAAUUCAUGAGCACAUACAAGGGUUACAUGAAUACCAAAACUCAUGACGCUCCAACAUAG